AAUGGAUGAAGAACAACGAGAUAUGAAAGCACACAAAGCAUACUACCAGAGGGUUGACUUCGUAUCAAAUUCGCUGCAGGGGAUUCCCCAACUGUGCCCCUGUGGAUCAAUCCCAAAGCAAAUUGUAGAUAAAGAGGAUACAUAUGACUACCUCUCUGGGAAAAGAUAUUUCAUCUGCAAAGACUUCGAGAAUGACGGUCUGCAUUACAGGCAACCAUGGGUUAUUGGUGUGCAAGAAGAGGUUGAGAGGCUCAAACUGAAAGUUCUCCGGCAUGAGAACCUUCUUAGAGAGUGUGAGGCACUUAAGGAACAGGUUAAAAUGUUGGUCAAGCGGGUUUCUGAACUUGAGGUUAGUCUUUAAACUCAACCGCAAUAGUUUCCUGGUUAGAGAACAUAGCUGUUAGAAUUGAAACGGAUAGGACUGUCGGUAACUGUGUAGUUAGGAAAAAAUUACUUCAUUAAAUAGACCUUAACUGCAUUUUUGAUAGUAAAACUUUAUUAAAUUGCUUGUAGCUGUUCUGAUAAGACAGUUUUCUACUAGGAUUC